AUGAGGAUAGCUCCUAAUGAUACCACAUUUGUUGUGUCAGCAGUUUUGAAUGCGUGUAGUCAUAGUGGAUUAAUUAAGGAAGGAUUUCAAAUCUAUGAAAGUAUGCAAACUAAUCAUGAUAUUGAACCAGACAUUAAACACAAAACUUGCAUCAUAGACAUGUUGGGAAGAGCAGGUUUUUUAGAGGAGGCGCAUUUCUUUAUUGAUUCAGACGAAACAGACACCAUAAUUUGGAUGACCUUGUUGGGAGCUAGUAGAAAAUAUAACAAUAUUGAGUUUGGUGAAGUGGCAUUCGAAAGAGUGAUAUCCCAAAGCCCUUCCAAUGCUGCAGCUUACAUAUUAAUAUGGGUAAUUACAUUUGUUAGUGAGGAUGAUAAGCAUAAAGAGAUUAACCUAAUUAGGGCUGAACUAGAUACGCUAAGGUUGGAAUUGUUGGAAUCCAAACUCUACCAUCCAGAUACAAGUUUGGGCAUGAAAAAAGAUAUCACCACUGAAGAGGAAAAAGAAAAAGUUCUGUUCCAACAUUGUGAAAAACUUGCUAUUGCAUACGGUUUGAUUUCUUUACCAAAAGGAUCUACCCUUUGCAUAACUGCAAACUUGAGAGUUUGUGGUGAUUGCCAUCAAGCAGCAAAAGCCAUUUCAAAAAUUAGAGAAUGUGACAUCAUUGUACGAGAUGGGAAUUGUAGUUGUGGUGAGUAUUGGUAG